AAACCUCACAAUCAACCACCCUCACCUAAUCAUAUUACUCAACCACUUACGAUAAAUAUAACAAUCGGUAUUAUUACAUUUUACACAGCAUAUGUGACUGAAUCUUGGGUAAGGUUCAUCAUAUUAACUUAUUCAGGAUACAUCACAGACAGAUUUAAGUCUCUUUCCCUCCGGUCAACACCGUGCUCUCUCCGUACAUUCACCAUUCUUCCCGCACGGUAGAUAUUUUAACUGACGAGAAGUGGGUCGAGCAGCUACGGGGAACCAGCGGUACGAAGUACGCCAUACCAUUUUAUCAAUAACCCCGCCAAAUUCAGAUCCUCAAGUCAAGUACUGUACGGUAUCCAAUCCAAUACGGGACUGGUGACUUCUUUGGUUACACCACAACCUCUUCAAGGUGUUCUUCGUAAGUUGUCUUGUAUAAACGUUAUCUUGCCCCCUACCUAGUCCUCAUCAUUCGCCUACCCCCUUCUUAAUCUGACUUUGAAACAGCUUGAGGAUAAUAGCGAAGUGACUACAUUAUUUUCGACCGGUAUCCGCCAGCCAGAGGGAUCUCAGUGCAAUAACAGAAUUGCCGAGUCAACUUGAGACAUUUUCCUCGAACCUCUAUCCACAUCUAACAUAAUACUACAAAUAUGUCUUCGAACCGAGUUCGCCGCAUUGCCAAAGAGCUCAACGAUAUCGCAAAUGAUCCCGAGUCUCAAAUUUUUUGCCAAUCAAGGGAUGGUAGUGACAGCGAUCUGACGAGCCUUCGAGCUUCCUUUCCAGGUCCACCAGAUACACCAUAUGAAGGAGGCACAUAUCUUGUUGAUAUCAAGAUCCCUAACGAAUACCCAUUCCGACCUCCGCAGAUGAGUUUCGUAACUAAACUCUGGCAUCCGAAUAUUAGCAGUCAGACUGUAGGUUUUCAUUUUUGUAGGUUAUGAAAAGGAAUAUUGACGUUUGAAUAGGGUGCUAUCUGCCUUGAUACCUUGGGCUCGGCUUGGUCUCCUGUUUUGACGAUCAAGUCAGCACUCCUGUCCCUCCAAUCACUCCUUAGCACACCCGAGCCAAAGGAUCCUCAAGACGCCGAAGUAGCCAACAUGUACCUUGCCCACCCGGAGCGAUUUCGACAAAAAGCACGCGAUUGGGCAAUUCAUCAUGCUGGUGCUCCUCCAGUCACAAAAUGGUCUCAAACCGCCGCUUCUAGCCCUUCAUACUCAGCACCUGUAUUGCAUCAAUCAAAGGAAGAGAAGGCGCGGCAGGAAAUGUUGAAGUACGCCGGUUUUCUUUCAGCUGUUUUCUCUGGUAUGCUUAUUGUAAAAUGAUAGGCUAACAAAAAACUACAACAGAUAUCAAGGAUACAACAAAGCUCUUGUCGAUCGUUUCGUAUCCAUGGGCUUUGACAUCGAAAAGGUUGUGGAAGCCUUCAACUACGUUCAUAUCGACCACAAUAACGGAGAGGACUACGAAUUAGAGGAGGCUUAUAUGGGUGACAUCACAGCGAGACUCCUCGGAGAACCAUGACUCGUGAAUGAUCUUCGUCAUACGAUGAACGAUGGUUGGAUGAGUGGUUGGUAAAAGAGAACGAAGGAGCGCACAAAUGCUUGACAAAAUAACAAACAGUAAAUUUUGCAAUUUGAGCGUAAGACCGGGUAUCUAAGGAAGAAGCUCAAGCUCACUGGCAUUCUGUAAAGGCAUGCAGAAAUGGCUAUACUGCAGGUACAGUGAAGAGAUAAUGAGGAUAUUUGCUGGAGAGGCAUGGUACCUUGGGGCUUGAACACUGGGGAUAAAGCGUUUUUAGCAUAGGCGUUGGCAUGGAUAUGUACCCACAUGGCGUUACAUAUAGCUUUUGCUUAAUUGCAUAUCUUCCCAUCUUUCAAUCUU